AUCCUGGUCAGGCGAGAAGAAAUUGUACUUAAAAAAGAAAAAAUUUUAAAAAAUUAUACAAAAAAUAUAAAAAAAAUAUGAAAUAUGAUAAAAAAAGUGAAAAAUCAUUUUUAAAUAAAAUAUAAAAUAUAGUUUGUAAAAAAUAAAUAUAAAAAGAAAAAUAUAAAAAUCAAAAUUAUAUAUUCAAGCUAAAAAAGUGUUGCCCUUAAAAAAAGUGUUAAAAUAAAAGCAAGAAAAAAAUCAAAUUCCUUUACUUUCCUCAGCACAGCAGUCAGCACUUGGCAUUCUAUGCUUCAUUAUGGCUAAAAAGAUUCCCUUUAAUGUUGUCUUUGCUUCAGAUGAAGAUCCUAACUUUCCAGCUAGUGAACUAAAUACCCAUGGACCUACGGUACAUGGCUGGCGCAGCGCUGUAGGUAGUACUUUAACGCCACAUGAUAUUGUUUUAAGAUUUCAUAAGCCGGCGAAAAUAUGUCGUAUACAAUUAUUAGCCCACCAGUAUCUGAUACCCGAAAAAGUUGAACUCUGGUUACAUUAUUCCCCCAAAAGUAUACCCAGUACACCCUCUUCACAAUGUUUUGAUUUUCUGGGUUUUGUGGCCUUAGCAGAUAAUGCUGCUACCAAUUAUAAAUCCCGGGAACUGCAAAGUGUUUCGGUUAAUCCUCGCAAAGGCACACAUUUAAAACUGAGGCUAAGUGGUCCUCAUAUUAAUGACUUUAAUACCGAUAAACAGAUAGCUUUGAUAGCGGUAAAUGUUUUGGGCGAAGAAUUGGAUGUGACCGCUAAUGGACAAAAUAAGGAAGCGGAGGAAAAUGGAGGUGGUGCUGCUGCUGCUUCUAAUCAAGAACAGCAACAACAAUCUACACAAGACUCUUCGGGAGAGUCUGCCUUAGCUUCUAUGUGUGAUGAUUUGUUAUUUUCCAUGUAUGUGGAAGAAUCUAUAGCCGAGAUCAUACGAGAAAUGGAAGAUCGCAAGUUAAAAGCUGUGGCCACGGAACGUUUUGAAUAUGCUCGCAAAUUAAAGUUAUGUAUGAGUGCUUUACGCACUGCUGGUGAAAGACUAGGACGUUAUGCCUUGGCUAAACGCCAAGCAGUGCAACAGGAGGAUUUUACUACCGCCAAGCUAAGAAAAGAACAAAUAGAAAUGUACAAAUCCUCGGUAUUUAAACAUUUACUAAUCGAUGAAUUGUUAGAGAAAAAUGGUGAAUCUGUGGCUGCUAAUGAUAUGGCUUGUGAGGUUUAUGCCUCCAAACCCAUACUACCGGUAGCGCCCAGUUUGCAAGAUGUGGCCCAAGCUUUGGCAGAGGCUCAUUUGGCCGCCACUAUGAGUCCUAAAAGUGCCCAAGAUGAUAAAUCCUCUACAGAUGGCAAUAGCUCUACCGGGGGUUUAGGCAAUCUCUCUCAGACCAAUCACAGCAACAGCAUAAGUGACAAUAUUUCAACGCUAUCGGCCGCCAGUUUACGUAAAUCUCACGAUGAAAUACCCAUGUCGCCCAAAUUGAAUAUGCGCCGUAGUCCCAGCCGCCAUAGUUCACCCAUGUCCAGUCACCAGGGUUCUUUGAGGAGGCGCAACAAAAGUGCUCCUCGCAAUUCCUAUGAAGAAUAUGAAGAUCGUGCCAUACCCACUCUAAGGCAUUCGAAUACUAAUGAAUUUUUAAGAGAGUGUCAAGGUACCGCUUUACUGGAGUCCGAUCCCAAUCGUGGUCGUUCACGUUUAAACGAUCGUGAACGUCGUCAGGCGGCUUUGCCGAUUUUGGUCUUUGGUAAUGAUAUGGUGGAACAAUUCUACUCACGACAAUUUCAAGAUCGUGAAGAUGGUCUAGUACGUUUACGCAAUUUCCUCAAGGGCCACGAAAUUGAAACACAACCAAAUGCCAAUAAUUCAAAUAGUGAAAACACAGCUGGACCCAAUAAAGUAGCACGCAGUGCUGCUUUCCUACUACAUCGUUCCGUACGAGAUGCUGUAUAUUCGGUAUUUAAUCAAGCCACAGAAACAGUGCGGGUGCUAUUUUUGGAAUAUGUACCCGGUAGAGUGUCGCAGAGUGAGGUGGCCCGCUGUGUAGAUCGUUUGCUGCCCGAAUUGUUGGCUAAAUCGGGAGAUCCUUCGGCUCGCAUACAUACAUUGGCUCAACAUACUAUAUUGAGUAUAGCCUCUUGUCCCGAAGUGCAGGAGCAGCAUCUAGUGGCGCCCGCUUUAUCCAGAACUGUUAGUUCGGGUACACAUCCUCGCUUGGCCUUAAGUCGUAUGCAAAUGUUAGAACAAUUGGUUCUAAGUCAAGGCAUUAGCACCGACAAACAUAGCGGUCUAACGUGUAGAGCAUUGUCCGAGUGUGGUUGUUCGGGCAUACAUCAUCCAGCGGAGCCGGUGCGUAAAGUAGCCGAGAGGAUACUUUUGCUAGUGUACAAAGUAAAUCCUCGUCUUGUGCGUAAACAGCUACCGCCUGAUGAUGAUAUAACGCGACGCAAUUUAUUGUAUCGCCAAUUGUUUACAGAAUUUGAUAAGUUAGAUUUGGAACGUAAGGCUGAGAUGUUGGAGGCAAAUAAAUACGCGGGCGGUCAUAGUUCCAGUGAUCCACAAUCACCACCCUCAAAUCGUAGUGCUGUGGAACAUUUACAAUUGGGCGGCGGUGGUGGCGCAGCAAGUGGUAGCUCCGAUAGUCGUGCCAGUCCCUAUAGUUUUGGUUGCAAAUCUCCUGACUCUCAAUCAAGUCCCAUGAGAAGAUCUGAAACACGUAUUUUAAAGAGUAAAAGUGGUCAAACUUUGGCUCAAGCGGGUAAUCCAGGAGGUAGUAAUGGUUACUUAACUUCAGGUAAAGAUAUGGCCAAAUGUAAUGGUAAGCAGCAGUAUAAUGAACAGUUGAAAAGAUCCAUGAUAUCGGCCAGUAGUUCGAGAAAAAAUUCCAACUCAAAUUCUGAAUCGUUUGAAGAGGCAGCGGAUGUUAUACGUUGUCCCUUUUGUGAUUGGUCCUCGCAAAAUGGCGAUCAAGCUCAAUUGGAUCGCCAUUAUUGGAAAUCUUGCCCAUUCCUAACUAAGUGUCCUCAAUGCAGCCAGGUUUUAGAAGUGGCCGCUCUAAAUUAUCAUUUAACAAAGGAGUGUGAAGCCAAGGAUAAUUAUAUAAUGUGUGAACGCUGUACUGAGUCAGUACAUAAGCAACUGUACGAUUUACAUCAAAUGGAAGACUAUUGUAGAGAACUCAAAACUGGUGCCGCUCGCUGUCCCCUGUGUCAUGAUGAUGUACAUUUGCCUUUGGAUGGUGGUUGGAAAUUACACUUAUUAAGUGCUUCCGGUUGUCCUGGCAAUUCGAGAAGACGUGCGAAAAAAUCAUCUUAAAGUAAUAAAAUAUUCGGAAAAACUUAAAAUAAAACCCAUUUUUGCCUUCUUCAAACAAAACAUAAAAAUAAAGGAAAAUAUGAAAUCAAAUCUUAACAACUAUAAACGUUUUUACAAAACCAAAAUGUUUAACUAGCUCUUGGUUAUUUAGGGAUAUAAAUAAGCUCAUUUUAGUAAAAAUGGCUUUAAACUGAAAUUAAACGAAAAGAAGUUAAAAUGAAAACAGUAUUUUGCAUAAUUUUUUGAGCUUAAAUUAUAAAAAAUAAGAAAUUGCAAAAAAAAAUAAAGUAUUAAAACUGCAAAAUUUAAAACUUAAAACUAAA